AUGGAUGUUGAGAAACAUGUCACAGGUGUUGUAGUGACGAAGCAAAAAUCGAAGCAAGAGGUUGACACUUCAACACUUGGUAGUUUUGUAGGGCCAUCGACUAUACCUAUUUCAACUUGUCCUUCAUACGAUUAUACGGAGCAUUUUACAACGGAGAUGAUUUUUCUAUCCGAUGAAGCGUUGGUAGAUUGGAUAAGAUGCACUGGUAAACAACACGGGUUUAUCAUUGUGAUUAAGGGUUCUGAGAAAUGUAUUAAGAAUCGCACACCUAGGAUGAGAUUUUCAUGUGAAAGGCGUGGUAAGUAUAGGCCGUUUGUGAAGAAAGUUGAUGGGAAGGAGGUAGCUGUGAAGAAGAGAGUACGGUCCACGGGCACCACAAAAUGUGAAUGCCCAUUUGAAUUGAAAGCUGUAAAGGGCAAUGAUGGUUGGACUGUCUCUGUCCACAAUGGCACCUAUAACCAUCCUCCAGCGGUGUACUUGGAGGGCCAUUCGUAUGCCGGGAGGUUGUCAGCAGAGCAGACUAGCACGAUGGUUGAUUUGUCAGUCGCUUUGGUGAAACCCAAAGAAAUCUUAACCCAUUUGAAGGUUCAAGAUCCUGAUAACGUAACGUCUAUCAAAACUGUGUACAAUGUACGACACAAGUAUCGAGUGAUAGAGAAAGCUGGAAAAUCUCAAAUGCAACAUUUGUUGGAUCGGCUAGAAAAGUACCACUACGUUCAUUGGGCCCGUGGGAACGAGACUGAGAAUGUCACGGAGUUGUUUUGGUCUCCUCCAUCUGCCGGGGAGAUGUUACUUGCUUUUCCCCACGUUUUAAUGAUGGAUUGCACAUACAAGACGAAUAAGUACAAGUUUCCUUUGCUUUUCCCCACAUUUUAA